CAACACGCCUUCCGACAACUACUCGGACCAAAUAUCAUCAUUUCACAAAAAGCACCAAAGCCAAAGCCAAGUCAGUCUAUCGGACGAAAUCGGACAAGUGUCAUCAAUCGGUGAAAAAAAAUUUAAAAUUCAAGUGUUUCCGGAAUUUGAAGUGCAAAAGUUGUUUGAAAAUCGCGCGCGAAGCUUGGAGUGAACUUAAAAGUUGUGAUUGUGAGGAGCUUUUGUGUAGUGUAUGUGGUAGAGGUUUAAUUUGUUGGAUAAAAAAAGAUGAUUUGAAAUUUAUAAAAAGUGUUUUUAGACUGGUGAUGUGACAAAAAUGUUGAAAAUUGUGUGAAAUUGUGUACAUUUUGGAUUUAUAAUAAAAGUGACAAAAAAAUAGAACAAAAAGGACGUAUUUUUGGAUUUUAUCAAAAUGAAGAUUGCACCUACUUUUAAGGCUAAGCCUCCACCACUAGGUAUUUGGUCUCCAAGUUCCUCCCAAACACAAUCAGGAGACCAGACAGACAGAAAAGACAAGGAACCAAGUCCGCCAAUAGCACCAAUUUGGACACCAAGGAGCGCCCAAGCAAGCCCAGUGGCCGAGAGAAAGGAAUUUAGGCCAGUCAGUUUUGAAAGUCCUACACUGCCCAGGCGAAAAACCGAAACUCCACAAACAACUCCGACAGCUCAACCACCUUGGCAAAACGGAGCUACAACAACUACACCUCCAACUUUUACUACAACUCCUUCGUCCCCAAUAGCCCUUCCAGCCCCUCCUCCGCCGCCUCUGCCUGCUCCACCAAGUCUGAGUGAUAAUUUAAAUGCUGCCAUAGAUACCAGGAAACUCACCAGCUCCUGGUCUGCUCCUGUUGACCUUCAGGAUCAGGAUAAUAAGGCUCCGUUCACGUUCCAGGAGAAAAAGGACUUUUUUUCGAGCGUUGGAACUGGCGGAGAUAAUCUACAGGAGAAGAAAACUGGUUUGUUCACAUCCUCAAGUGGAAGCAAUUUGCAGGACAAGAAAAGUUUGUUUUCCUCCUCCAGUGGAAGCAAUUUGGACAAAUCUUUCAAAAGUUUUUCUUCAGGAAGUGGUGCUGGUUUAGCUGGUCUUGCUGGCUCAACACCAGUUAGUGAAAGUUCUUAUUCCAAGUUUCCUGGUUCUGUAGAAAAAGAACUUUUUACCAAGAAAAGUGAAGAAUUUUCUAAAGUCAUCAAAGAGUACAAAAGCACUUCCAGAAAUUCUGAGUUGCUAUCAGAAGAAAAACGCGAAGAACGAUAUUCCAGUUCAAGUGGAGAUCCGAUUCCAGUAAGACCAGUUAUAGAUCCAGUUGGAUCUUUUGGGGAAGUUCUAGCUUCUACCGGAACCGGAGCAACAAAAUUCGGCACAGAUACUGGAUUUUCCGGUACGACAACCGGAAUUUCAACCAGCACCAGUACAAAUUCAACAACCAAUAACGUCAGUGCAAAAUUGCCCAGAGUACAAAAUCCGACGAUUACUUUGUUGCAGAAGGCAAGAGCAGAAGGGCAGUUGCCCAAGGGCGCGAGUUAUUUGGAAGAGACCUCAAAAAUUCCAAAGAACAAAGUCCGGGGGUGCUUGUCGCCCGAGAAAUUAGUGAGUUUCUAA